AUGCCUUCCGCUGCCGGUGCCAAUGCACGCCGUGCAGGGAAUCUCAAAUUCCUUGCACCCAAGAGUACCAAGCCGAAACCAGUUCAACGCCCGCCACCUCCGCCACGAGAGAAGAUGACUGAAGCUCAGGUCGAACGGCUGCGUGAGCUUUUCCGAGAGCAGUUUGGAGGCAAAGAGCCGCGCUCGUUCCAGAUCGAUGCCAUACGUGCACAGCAGGAUGGGCGGGAUGUUCUCGUCCACGUCGCGACUGGCAUGGGCAAGACAGCAGUCGCGGCUGGUCCAUUCUUACUUGAAGAGAAUGCCGAUAAAGUCAUGCUCUUGGUAUCACCUUUAGUCGGCCUUCAGGAAGAGAUGGUCGAUACGUUCAAUGAUGAGUUCAAGAUCAAGGCCGUCGCACUCAACAGCUCGCAUGAAACAACCGAUCAGCAGCUUCGAGACGUCAUUGACGGACACUAUCGGAUCGUCCUGCUGUCUCCCGAGAUGCUCUUGUCGCGCCGCUUUCUGGACCGCGUACUUCGAAACCGUAUAUUCUCAAACAAAGUCUAUUCAGUCGUAGUCGACGAGGCGCAUUGCAUCUCGCACUGGGGCGCCGAUUUCCGCAAGAAGUACGCUCAGAUCGGGAGCAUACGCGUGUUUCUUUCGCGCAAUACACCCUUUGUCGCUCUCUCUGCGUCUCUGACACAACGGGUCACCCGCGAUGUCGUAGAGAAGCUACAACUGAACCGUGAUAGUUACCUCUACAUCGACCUUGGGAACGAUAGGCCGAACGUCUCGCUUGUUGCACGCGCAAUUCAAAACCCAAUCAACUCGUACACUGAUCUCGACUUCGUCAUUCCACCGUCACCCACAUCUAUCAACGACAUUCCCAAAUCGUUCAUCUACGCCGAUAGCAUUCCAACGGGAACUGCAAUCGUCAAUCACCUUCGAACACUCCUCCCCGACAUCACGAUGCACGGCACAAUUCGCCCUUACAACGCUGUACACAGCACCAAGUACCGCAAGAAGGUCAUGCGACGCUUCAAGAAGGGCAAAGUUCGAAUUUUGGUUUGUACAGACGCAGCAGGGAUGGGCUGCAACGUCCCCGACAUCGACCUCGUCGUACAAUGGAAACUCCCGAAGAAGCUCUCAAGCUUUGUCCAGCGGGCGGGUCGCGCUGCGCGUGGUGCAGGACGAACCGGACUUGGCGUGUUGCUUGUAGAGCCAUUGGCGUACUCGCGUAGCAUCCUACAGGAGGCGAUCGCGGAGGCCAAAAAGGCAAAGGGUAGGAAACGAAGGAAGAAGGGUGGCGGGGGCGGCGAAGGUGGUGGUGAGAAGAAGAAAGCGAAGAAGAAGCAGGAUACCUGGUCCGCUGAUCAUGGGCGCUUUCGCGGUGGUCGCGGCGGCGGCAAGGACGAUUUCCCCCCAUCGAAAGAGGCAUUCCCUCCUCUGAAUCAUGCCCAUGAAAGCGAGGGUAUGUAUCAUUUCGUACAAACGCGGCAGUGUAGACGCGCGGUUUUUGCCGAUGUCUUCAACAAUCCUCCACCAAACCCUACUGUUCCUUGCUGUGAUGUAUGUGAUCCUAGCCUAUUGGAUCGCACGCGGCCCGGUAUACGACCCAAACGCGGUGGCGAAGGACGGGUGACUUACGCUAAAGAAUCAUCCAAAUCGGUGUGGAUUUAUCUGGACGACUGGCGUGAGGGAAUAUUCGACCGCGAUUUCGGCUGGUCUUCUAUGACUCCGGAGACUGUUCUCCCGACGCAGAUCGUGGACAAGAUCGCGAGGCUCGAGUUGCCGCUGCAGGAACAGCACGUCAGGAAGAUUCUCUCGAGCGAAUGGGUGCGCUGGUCUCGUUACGGCGAGGAAGUUGUGGCUUUGCUUCGCGCCGCCACCAUCGCGCCCAAUCCGCCCUCAUCCACCGAGCUCGAUGCUGUUCGUUCAGCCGCGAACCCCACGCCUGCGCCCGCGCCAUCGGUCGAUACGCAUGUAUCCCCUGCGGCCCGUACUUCUGCAAAGCGACCCGCAACUGGGGGUGUCACCGACACGCCACCCUCACAAGAUGCUUCAGCUACACCGGCGAAAAGGCGCAGGACUGCUGGUGGGGCCAGCCAGGUCAACAUGAUGGAAGAACAUAGAGCUAGUGCUCUUGAUCAACCGAUACAAUACAAUGUCGAGAUCCCAGUCACGCCCGCCCGAGUUGGCCAUGCAGCCGGCUUCCAAGCACCGAGCUCGCAAGCACCCGCUGCGCCGCCACCGGCUCUGAUACCGACUGCCCAUGUACAACCCAUGCCAUACACUCCUCACACGCAGUUCGGCCCGCCAUCGUACGGUCAACAUUCGCCUUACGGCCGGCCACUUUACGCGCAAACAGUGGCCUACUCACCGCACACAUAUCCACAACAUGCCACCUAUGUGCAAGCUGCAUACGAGCACCAGGCAGCCGAAGCGCAGGCGGCAUAUGCGCGACAGGUUGCAUAUGCACAACAGGUCGUGUAUGCACAACAGGCAGCAUACGCGCAACGGGCGGCGCAUGCACAGGCGGCACCUUCGCCUCGCACUCAGCCGACGUCUGGGCCACCGGGUUCAUCGACCUCGUCGAGUGUACCUCCCCCGGGUAGUCUCGCGCAGCCCUUCUUGAUGCCGUUGCUACCUGAAUACGAGGGAGACCGGCUUUCUUCUUACCCUCCGAGUACAUCACCACCGUAA